GCGCGAGCAGAGCAGGGGGCGUCUCGACAGAGCCAGAGCGUGUGUUUCCGAGACUGUCCUGGAGUAAAAGGCGCGUCUGUGGAGAUGUAUGCCUUCUACUCACUGCUGGUCUACAUCUUCUAUACUGUCUUCAGGAAGGAGGGGGAGGCUGUGCUUGAGGGGGCGUGUGGAGCGCCCCCCGAGGAGCCUGGCCAUGUUUCCAUGGAAACAAGGAGUGAGAGGGAAGGUGGCCACACCUCCAGGUUGGGGAAAAAAGAGUGCGACAGAGUCAGCGACACAUGCAGCAACAGCAGCGACAGCGAUGGGCUGUCUCUCAGCGAAGAGGAUGAUGAUAUUGACGAAGGUCAUGCGAUCCCUACCAUGACCCCACUUGCAGCGUUCCUCUCCUUCAAACAGGAGACCGAGAAGAAGAGAGCUUCCAGUGGCCACACGGAGACGGGUGAAAAGGCGCCUGAGUCUCCACUGGUGGCGGUGAUGUCGCACCUGCUGAGCUUCUUGGAGCAGUACUCGCACCUGCAGCAGCUGCAGCAGCAGGCGUCGCAGUAUCGCACGCAGCUACGCCUCCACCGCGCCCGCCACCGCCGCAAGAUGAAGGCCCUGCGCACCUCGUACCGCCAGCGCCUCCGCGACAAGGCCAGCGUCAUCAGCAGCCUGGAGGAGGCCGUGGAGUUGCAGCAGAGCCCGUCACCCGACGGCCACGAGUCCCCAGCAGGGAUGCACAAGCUGGUGCAGUCUCUGUGUGGCCUACAGGGAGAGCGGAGUCAGCUCCGGGGAGAACUGCGUCUCCUUCACGCCCAGCUGGAGCAGAGAGAGCAUGACCGCCAUUCCAAAGUUCAGGCCUUCCAACAGCAGAUCGAUGAACUGAAGAGCUGCAUUGAAGAGAGAGAGGAGGAGCUGUCCAGGCUCCGGAUCGCAUCGGGAGUGACGGACUCGGAGAAGCGUGUGCUGGGCCUGUCGGUGGAGAACGAGAGCCUGAAGCACAGCCUGGCCGUGACCCAGGGCCUCCUGCAGCAGCUGUCCAUCAUUCCGUCACAGUCCAGCUCGGUGCUCAUCAAGGAGAACGAGAACCUGCGCAGCCGCGUGCUGCAGCUAGAGGGCGCCCUGCAGCAGCGGUCUGAGCAGGUCCAGCGCCUGGAGCAGCGGAGCGAGCAGGAUGAGUGGCGCCGCGGGGAGGAGCUGAAGAGCCGUGACGAGAGAGUGCGCCACCUCCAGCUGGAGCUGGACAAGGAGCGCAGCAAGGAGCCCGCGGUGAAGUAUGUCACGCGAACAGUGGAAGUGGAGUCGCCCGCAACUCUCAGGCAGCUGGCAGAGGCCCGACAGAUGAGUGAGCACCUGAGCGAGAGGCUGAGCGGACAGAGCGAACGCUGCAGACAGCUGGAGGAGAACCUCCGGCGCUCGGACCAAGUCAGCUGUAACCUCCAGCACAAGAUCGCCGCGUACGAGAGAGAGAUCGGGACUCUGCAGGCAGAGCUGCUGAAGGAAAUCAGCCAUCUAGAGGAGAAGAAAGACGAGGCUGUGAGGGCGGCUUCCAGCUGCUCGCAGGAGCACCUGCAGGACCAGUUCAUGAGCCUCCAGCGGCGCCUGAACGCUCUCCCUCCCACCCUUCGCUCGAUGAAGACGGACUACGCCAGCCUGAGGAGCCAGGUCCGCAGUUUCUCUGAGUUCUACGGCGCAUCCAUCAAAGAGGCCAAGAAACAGAUUUCUGCAGCAAUAACAGAAAUGUCAGAGGCCAACAAGGACCUUCUGGAGAAAUACAGGAAGGAGGUUGCUCUUCGCCGGAAAUACCAUGAGCAGUUGGUAGAGUUGAAAGGCAAUAUUCGUGUCCUGUGCCGUGUCAAGCCAGUCCUAAAAGAGGACCAGGAUGAGGAAGGUCAGGCUGUCGUCGUGACCACAGACGUACACAAUGAAUCUGCCCUCACAGUUCUGAAUAAAGGAAAAGCAAAGACAUUUGAACUGGACAAAGUGUUUCAUCCUCAGGCGACACAAGAGGAGGUGUUUCAGGAAAUUGAGCCUCUGAUCACAUCAUGCAUAGAUGGAUAUCAUGUAUGCAUCUUCGCUUAUGGGCAGACAGGCUCAGGGAAGACCUACACCAUGGAGGGUACUGUGGAGAAUCCAGGCAUCAACCAACGAGCCCUGAAGCACCUCUUCCAUGAGAUUGAGGAACGGAAGGACAUGUGGACCUACACUGUCACUGUCAGUUCAAUGGAAAUCUACAAUGAGGUUCUCAGAGAUCUGCUGAGUAAAGACGGGGAGAAGCUGGACAUCAAAAUGAACCCUGAUGGCACCGGGCAGCUACAUGUCCCUGGACUCAGGAUCAUGGAGGUCAAGAGCUUUCAGCAUAUCAAAAAAAUUUUGGCCACAGCACGCAGAAACAGAAUCACAUUUGGGACGCAGAUGAACCAGCACAGCUCUCGCUCGCAUGCUCUGCUCACCGUGACAGUGCAGGGAACAGAUCUUGCUUCUGGUGCCACGUCUUCCGGUAAGCUGAACCUGGUGGACCUGGCAGGUUCAGAGCGCGUGUGGAAGUCUGGGGCAGAGGGCGAGCGGCUGAAGGAGGCACAGAACAUCAACCGCUCUUUGCUGGCACUGGGAGACGUGAUCCAGGCCCUGAGGGGCCAUCAGACUCACAUCCCGUUCAGGAACUCGCGCCUCACCUACCUGCUGCAGGACUCUCUGGGGAAGGGCAACAAGACUGCCAUGGUAGUCCAGGUUUCCUCUCUGGAGAGGAACUCUGGAGAGACUCUGUGUUCGCUGAAGUUUGCGCAGCGUGUGUGCAAAGUGGAGCUGGGACCCGCUGCACGCAAGCUAGAGAGUAGCAGCCAUUGCGAACACUCCUCCUAAGGGCUACGGUUCGGGAUGCUGCAAUAGUACCGUCUGGGUUGUCAGCGAUGAAGAACAAGCAUCUCGCCAGUUGACCCCAUGAACGGCAAUCGCCUCCACAGGCUGACCUGCAUGUCUGAGUCCUCACCUGACCCACUAUAUGCCAUGGCCAGAUUACCUCUGCCUUGCUGCAAUCUUACUAUUUCCUAUUGAGAUAGCUUCCCAAUAAAGCAGGAAGGUUUUUCUUGAAUACCUCACGUAAAUGCACAUUACACAUGGCUCCACAAAAGAAAAAAAAAAUUGAGUUCAUCCUCUAUAAACAACAUAUCUUUGUUUUCAACACAAACACGUCCCUUUAACUGAGAAUAUAAAAACAUGUUUAAGUAGCAGCUUCUUCAACUGUCUAAUGGCACCAACCCAGCAUUUGCAAGCAGUUGUCGCUCCAUUAAACCCGUUAAUCUGGUUAAAGCUAAAGUUUAAAGCCUCCACUACACUACACACCACAUGCAACAACACCAUGUUACUAGGAAACUGAGGGGCCCAAGGAAGCGCAUUGACUGCCAUACGCUGUAAAUAUUCCACAUCAAAUACCUCCAUAACUAUUUUACUGUACUUACUCAUUUAAUGUGCUGUCAGGGAAAUCUAAAUGUCAGUUAGCUAUUUAAUAGUAUAUAAUCAGGUACAUUUAAGUAGUUUAAAAUUCCAUCCUCUUGUUUCUCAUUUAUAAUUUUGUGUUGUUAAAUUUGUGCAAGACACAUAAUAUUAAAUGUGACAUUGGAAGGGUGAUAUUUCUGCCUUGAAUUUCCAGUUUUGUAUCAUUAACCAUUUUGAUUCUUGUAAUAGAUCUGAAAUGCACUUUACUUUUAAGGCAAAUUUAGGUGCUUUGUUCAUAGAACUAGUGAAUAUUUUAAUCAAAAGUCUGUUGUGUCUGUGCUUUCGACAAAGUUCUUCUCAUGUAAAUGAAUAGAUAUAUUCAUCCUGAUUACAAGAUGGAACCUGAAUGGAAAGUGAAGACAUGCCCUCAUUACACUGUUAUAUUCUGUUCCACCACAACCUUGGUGGAGAACAAAAAUUAAAUAAAAUCUCUAAUUCAGUUUAUUCUGUACUCCAAGUUUAGGAAUAAAAAAUAAAAGUCAUUACUACCAUUAGGUUAUUAUUGUCUUUUAAGAUAUAAAAUGCAGUUUCCUCAUUUAGAUACAAGUAUUGUUCUUGACAUUCUUACAGAUUUGGAGACUCCCUGUAAUGUUUGUCUUCGGAACUUUCCAGUCUGCUUGUAUAUCAAUGACAGCAGGAAAUAAAACCAGAUAAUGUGG